AUGAGUGAAAAGAGAUUUGAAGCCAUCUAUUGCAUUAUCCAUAAGUUUGCCCACAUUCCAAGAAGUCUUCUUCCCGAUACCGCAAAGAAAGAUGAAGAGUGUCACGGCCUCUUUCGUGAAUCCUUUGGUAGCAUCCCAGAUGAUGUCCAGUCUCUGAAAUGUAAACAUGUUGUAGUUGCCUCUGGAUAUGGUGAGAAGACAUUAGCUGCAUAUGUGCUGAAUGUUCUAGCAGUGAAACUGGAUCUAUGUCAGCUGGUGGCUCCUGGGGUGUGGCGGUGUUCGAGGUGGCAGGACAGCCAGGACGCUAACGUGACGCAGGCGCAGCUCUCCCGGGUGGUCGACGAGGCUCGGCGGCUGCGUCAGGUGUCAUGGUGCGUGACGGUGGUGGUGGUGAGCGACGAACCAGCCUUCCUCGCCGCCUUCGCCGAGUGGUCCCUCAAGGGCCGCCUCCUGGUGUGGUCGACGAGGCUCCUCGUCGUCACCCGCCGGCCCCUUCCUGAGGUGCGAGACCUAAUGGCCUCCCAUUGGACUUUCUCUAUGAUGAACACCAUGUUGGUUAUUUUGGAAGAUGCUCUUAUGCAGCCCAGAUUCAACGUAUAUAUGAACCUGCCUUAUGCUGCCUCAGGAUCCAGAAUAGUACUAACUGCGUUUUGGAUGAAAACACGUGGUUUGGUGUUGAGUAAACACCUUCAACUGUUCACUGAGAAGUUCGACAAUUUUUUCGGAGCCACUGUAAACGUGACGGCGUUGUCAUAUCGGCCGUACUGGAGUGAAGAGAAAAACAAAGACUCAGAUGGCACAAGUUACUCAGGCAGCGACGCCAUGCUGCUGAAAACCGUCGCCCACGCCCUCAACAUUACCGUCCACGUUCUACCUGCUGUUUCUUGGGACCAGGUCACAGAACUAGUAAUGGAGAGAGUCUCCUUCAUGGCCACUGUUUACCAUGUAGUACUACCGCAGCGUCAACUACUGUAUGACUAUUCAUACCCCUACGAGCAUGUGUUUGCUGACUUCACAAUGGCCACACCUUCGCUCACCUCCAGGUGGCAAAGUCUCUACGAUCCUCUCGCAGAUGAGGUGUGGGCGUCAGUGCUUGUGGUCCUGUUCGUGGUGCCUCUCCUGCUGUUUGCUGUCACAAGACCGGAACACGAAGCAGAGUUUUAUAAAAGAAUAAGUGGAGGAGACGCAGCUCACAUAGCUAUUGGAACUUUGCUGGCCCAGAGUGUCAACAAACGCCACAUUGUAAGCAGCGCGAGUCGGGUGUUGGUGGCAGCUUGGUUGGUAUUCGCUUUCAUCGUGGGGACGGCUUACCGCGGCAACCUCACCGCCGCCCUCACACUGCCCAAGUACCCGCCCAGACCAGAAACUCUAGAGCAACUUGUCAGGGUCGCAGAUAAGUAA